UUGUUGAAAUUAGCGGCAAACCGCGAUAGCGAAUUGUUUAAAUAAUUAUAAUUUUGUUAGAAAAAUAUGUCAGAUCAAAGCUCAGGGGGUCACGGAAAAUUUGCAGGUGUACUGCUUCUCCUUCAAGGAUUGUUGAUAAUCUUAUUUGUAGUCUUCGUUGGCUAUAGUGAUGAUCUUCUUCCAGAGACUGUUGCAGCAAAAAACUCGAAGGGCGGCACAACUGAUGCGAAAUAUUCUGUGUUUGAAGGACUACAUUUCAUGGUUUUCAUUGGGUUUGGACUUCUCAUGACAUUUCUGAAGAAAUAUGGAUUUAGUUCCUUGGGAUAUAAUUUUCUUAUAUCUGCUUUGGUUAUUGAGUGGUCUACAAUGAUGCAAGGAUUUUUAGACAUGAAGAACAGCAAAAUUCAAAUUGGAUUAGAAAGCAUGAUCAAGGGUGACCUUGCUGCAGUGGCUGUGACAAUCACCUUUGGAGCAUUACUUGGAAAAACAAGUCAUCACCAGCUGCUAAUUAUUUCAUUUAUUGAAGUGAUACUCUACUCUGCCAAUAGAGCAAUAGGCACCAAGAUUUUCCAUGCAGUGGAUGCUGGUAGUUCAAUGUAUGUUCACACAUUUGGUGCCUUCUAUGGUCUUGCUGUGUCACGCAUAUUAUAUAAAAGCAAAAUUGUGGCUCAUGAGAAAGAGACCUCCAGAUAUACAUCUGAUCUUUUUGCCACAGUGGGAACAAUAGUCCUAUGGGUUUGUUGGCCAAGCUUUAAUUCUGUGCUUGUGGAAGGAGUCGCAAGGCAACGAGCCAUUGUUAAUACAUACUAUGCCAUCAUAACCAGCUGUGUUACUUCCUGUGCAUUCUCAGCCCUAAUGACAAAGGGAUCAAAACUAAGUAUGGUUCAUCUCCAGAAUGCCAGCCUGGCAGGGGGCGUGGCUGUGGGUACAAUUGCACCCAUGAUAAUUCAGCCAUGGGGUGCAGUGCUGAUAGGGUUUGUAAGCGGGGCUUUAAGUACCUCCAGCUUCAAAUACACUCAGCCCUGGCUCAUAAGAAGGCUUAAAGUUCAUGACACUUGUGGAGUUAACAGCUUGCAUGGAUUACCAGGGAUCUUGGGAGCUGUAGCAGGAACCAUCUCUUCUAGUAUUGCUGGCUAUAAACAGUACAAAACAAGUCUCUAUACAGUAUUUCCUGCAAGGGCUCCCAUUUUCAAUAGUACCCAGUACUUUGAGUUGGUGAAAUUUGACCCAGAUGCUGUGGAUGGACUAGGGUGGAGUUCAGGGAAACAAGCAGCAUUUCAGUUUGCUGCACUAGCUGUUACAUUAGCUUUAGCAAUAGCUGGUGGACUCCUAACAGGUGUCAUUGUCAAGCAACCAUUUUUUGAUCCUUUAAGGGAUGAAGCAUUGUAUGAUGAUGGAGAGUUUUGGGAAGUCCCUGCUGAUUUUCGUCCAUUAUCUGGCACUGUAUAUCCUCCAAGAGAAAAUGGUGCAGUGCAGGCAGAACAAGCUGAAUCAUUAGUCCAACAAGAAGAAAAUGAAUCAGAAGAACAGGCUGAUGGUCAAGUGUAAAAACAAUAUUAACAUGCAAUGAUUAUCUUUUAUUGGUACUGAUUGAGUACUUCUGUAAAAUACAGGUACUUAUUGUAAUUUGUAAGGAAUAUUUUUUCCAAUUUAUAUAAGAUUUUGUAUUAAAAAGAAAUUAUUAGACAAU